CCGCGUUCGCCGGCGGCCCCGCGGAAGGUGGCGCUGGUGACGGGCAUCACGGGGCAGGACGGGAGCUACCUCACGGAGCUGCUCCUCUCCAAGGGGUACCAGGUGCACGGUCUGGUGCGCCGCUCCUCCAACUUCAACACGCAGCGGCUGGACCACAUCUACCAGGACCCACAUGCCACCCGCACCUCCGGCCAUUACAUGCGCCUCCACUACGCCGACCUCGCCGACGCCUCCUCCCUCCGCCGCGCUCUCGACCACAUCCUCCCCGACGAAGUCUACAACCUGGCCGCGCAGUCCCACGUCGCCGUCUCCUACGAGGUCCCGGACUACACCGCCGACGUGGUCGCCACGGGCGCGCUGCGCCUCCUCGAGGCCGUCCGCCUCUCGUCCAAGCCCAUGCGCUACUACCAGGCCGGGUCCUCGGAGAUGUUCGGCUCCACGCCGCCGCCGCAGAGCGAGACCACGCCAUUCCACCCGCGCUCGCCCUACGCCGCCGCCAAGGUCGCCGCCCACUGGUACACCGUCAACUACCGCGAGGCCUACGGCAUGUUCGCCUGCAACGGCGUGCUCUUCAACCACGAGUCCCCCCGGCGCGGCGAGAACUUUGUCACCCGCAAGAUCACGCGCGCCGUCGGCCGCAUCAAGCUCGGCCUCCAGAAAAAGCUCUUCCUCGGCAACCUCUCGGCGGGCAGGGACUGGGGGUUCGCAGGGGACUAUGUGGAAGCAAUGUGGCUCAUGCUGCAGCAGGACAAGCCCGGCGACUAUGUUGUGGCCACGGAAGAGUGCCACACGGUGGAGGAGUUCUUGGAGGCUGCCUUUGGGUACGCCGGCCUGGACUGGAUGGAUCACGUGGUCAUUGACAACAAGUACUUCCGCCCUGCAGAGGUGGACAGGCUUCAGGGAGAUGCAACCAAGUCCAGGAGAGAGCUUGGGUGGAACCCCAAAGUUGGCUUCCAACAGCUAGUCCACAUGAUGGUCGAUAAUGACAUUGAGCUAGCCAGCAAGGAGAAGGUCCUCGUGGAUGCUGGGUAUCGCGACCCCAAGCAGCAGCCAUAG